UGUUAGGUUUUGCUGUCUUUGGUCUUUUGUUACAGACGUAUUUCCUUCCAGGAGCCAGUGAAAACGAAUCUUGUCCUUAUGAACGAGGUCUCCUAGACUGAAUUAUUGAAGGCGGCAACUGAGAAAAUCAACGAAGUUGACAGAAGCCCUUCCUCAUGGUAUUCUUGUGCGGGAAUGAACGGACUGGGAACUACCUGGUUCGUGUCCGUGCCCAGGUCAUGACCAGGGAUGAUACUCAGGGUGGAUGGUUUCCCAUGGGUGGUGGAGGACUCAGCAAUGUGUCUGUAUGUAAACGACUUGUUCCCUCAGAGAAUGAUUCCAAGCAUGAAUAUCUCAUUUAUGGUAAAAGGAUAUCUGACCAGUCAGUUGUCCUAAGCUGUAUGAUCAGGAAAGAUUUUCAGUAUAAUAAAGUAAUGCCAACUUUUCAUCAUUGGAGGACAGGAGACAACAGGUUUGGCUUGACCUUUCAGACAGCAGCAGAUGCCAGAGCCUUUGACAAAGGAGUAAGAAUGGCAGUAGAAGAUCUUCUCGAUGAUGUGGACGGGACUGAUUAUUGCUAUAAUACAGAUGUUGGUGAUGAUGAUGUCUUCAUGACUUUGGAGUUGCCUGUGGAUUCUCGAUCUUCAUCAGGCUCUAGUACUACAAGUGGCAGUCUUGCUGGGUACAUUCAGCCAUCAUCCACAACUCAUAGUAUACCAGGUGAUUUGCUGUCAACCUCAUCGUCUCCAUACACUCAUCCUCAUGCCAACCACCAUCAUCUUCAUCGCAUGCAUUUCAUGCGCUCCUCUCGUAUACCUCCAGGAUCUAGCAACAGUAGCAGCGCCAAUGGAGUAGGAACAUCCUCUGGAGGUAGAGGAAGUGAGAAUGGUCCAGGAGAGGAAGUAAGAGCAAGGACCAGCAAUGAUCCAGGGUCUCAAGAUAUUGACAAGAUUGAAGUCCUUUCUGGAGAACCCUAUUCCUACGUACAGUUUGCCAAGGAUAAAUCAUCUCGAUUAGAUCAUGAAUACUCCUAUCCUGUCAUGGAUCCAUUAAAACUAAACAAACCAGACUGUGUAUCUACAUGUAGCUACAAGAAACCUCAGUUUUCUGGCUUGCAACCUCCUCUUUUGCCAACCAAGAACAAAAGGAAGAAAUACCAUAAAAGAGAAUCUCGAAGACAGUCUCCUCUUGGACGUUCCCAGUGCCAUUAUUGCCAGGAAAUGUUUGAUGAGGAAGAGAACUAUCAGGGCAGUUGUGAAUAUGCUCCUGAUCCAGUUUUAGCAUGUAUCAAUGCUGCCACUUGUAUAUCUUGUGCCCAGUGUAUGCUAUACCAUUGUAUGUCUGAUGCAGAAGGGGAAUUCAACGAACAUCCUUGUUCGUGUGAUACUUCUGACGACCAGUGUCAUCGACGUUGGAUUGGAUUAGCACUUCUUUCUCUGCUUGUCCCAUGUUUGUGGUGCUAUCUCCCCUUAAAAGCCUGUCAUCACUGUGGCCUCCGAUGUCAUCUGUAUGGGGGAAGGCAUCGAGCUACCUAAACUUUGUGUAACUAGUGUUGAUGUAUUAAUGUGUUUUUACCCUACUGCUACACAUUAGCAUGCAAAUUUAUCUUAUAUACCAAGUUGUUGUUUGGAAGCAACUUUUUAUGAUAUCAGAUAAGUUGUAUUGUUUACAGUUGAAAUACUGAUGCUAAAUUAGACACUAUGUUGUAACCUUUUUGUUUUAAGAUUAUUGUAAUCUCUCUCUGAUAUUCCUCUGUUAAAUAGUUAUUUUGUAAACAAAAAGUAUUCUCUGGUUGAAAUGUAACUAGUCUAUGGCAAAAAUAAGGUUGUUUUUUAUAUUGUACAGCACUCAUUUAUAGACAACAAAUAUUCUUUUGCUAAACUAUAUUGCUCUCUAUGACACACAGGAGACAUUCUUCUAUUAAAGUGUAUAGUACUGUUUGACAGAUGAAAGAUAUUCUAUUGUUUCUUAAACUGUGUAGUACUCCCUAGAAGGCAAAAUGUAUUAUUUUGUUAAGUAGACUAAUAGGCAAGGAGCAUUCUUGUAACUGUGGAACUGUUCCUUUAAAAUUUUGUUCUUUUUUGAAGCUGAAAAUAAUUUUCUGUUAGCGUGUAAUUUUAAUUGUUUAAUUAUUCUUCUCGUUAAAUUUUGAAGUAGUGUUUAACAUGUUCAAGGUAAUUUUCAAUUUUUACUAAUCUAUGAUAGCCACUAGGUAUUGUGUUAGUAUGUAAUUUUAGUCCUGGAAACAUUUUAUCAUACACAUGAAUACUUAAAAUUUAAUUGAACUUGUAAUCUUCAAGAUAAUGUUCCACUUGAGUUUUUUAUUUUAUGUUUUUGGUAUAAAAGGUUAGCAAAACAUGAACAUUUAGAUCACAAAUACAUUAUGUAAUAUUAUAGCAUUGAAAAUAAUCAAAAUUUUUUCAAAAAGCUUGCAACUCUUGAUGAUGAAAUGAGACAUUUUAAUCUAGUGUAAUGGUAAAAUUAGAUGUAUGUUCAGUAUGGAAAUUUUGACAUGCGUAUGUAUGAAAAGCUCUGUCAGUUAGAUAUUUUAAAAUUGCAUAUGGGAUACAUCAAAAUUUAUUGAGGGCUUAAACACAUAUAAAUAUUUGAAAAACGUGUUUCUCAAACACAUUCAAUCUCAUUUCUAGUCC